UCCAUCAGUCCUCACUCUGUGCUGCCUGGCAGGGAGCUCCGUCUCAUCGUUUCAUCUCAAGGUCCUGGUUCUGCCUCAGUAUGGCCAUCUCAUCACGCCUCGCCCUGUGGGAGCAGAAGAUUCGGGAAGAGGACAAGAGCCCUCCUCCUUCCUCGCCCCCUCCCCUGUUCUCUGUCAUCCCAGGGGGCUUCAUUAGGCAACUGGUCCGUGAGACUGAGAAAGAGUCCAAGGAAGCAAGACUGAGGAAGGAGGUAGUGCUCACCUCCCCAGAACAAGAGACCACAGAAAUUUCCACCAGCCAAACUGACAGCAAGUCCAACAGUGGCACCAAAUCUGGACAUCAACGAAUUUCUCAGGGCAACCAGUCCAGCUCUCCCCGGAGCUCAGACAUUCCGGGCAAGGAGAGCGAGAUGCCUGGCACCGCAGACCCGGUGCUGAUCACCAGCAUCAACGGUGAGAAGUCCCAGGAGUUGAGCCCCAGUGGGACACCAGCCAAAAAACCCCUGCCCUGCAGGAGAGGUGUGAGGAGGGGUGACGUGCUGCUGAUGGUGGCCAAGCUGGAUCCGGACUCAGCCAAACUGGAGCAGAAGCCCCAGCCCCAUGAUGCCCCCACAUGCAAGAUUCCACUGCCAGCCACAGACCCAGGAGGGGAACCAAAGGGGGGGACCCCAGGUACUCCUCGUGGCCCCCAGGCCAGCUCUGAGGAUGCAACCCUGAAGGCUGAGAAGACCCAGACUGGGGGUCUCAGGGACCCAGGAACUGUGCUACUGACAAAAGGCGAGAAGGAUCAAGGCACAGUGGGGAAAGGGGGUGGGGUCCCCCAGACCAAAGGGCUGAAAGGGGAGGUGCCCCAGGGCAAAGAGGGGCCAGGUGAGGGGGGACAACUGGGGACUUUGGAGAAGCGGGUAGGGGACCCCCCAAACAAGAAGGCAAAAGAGAAUCUUUCCAGGGAUGCAGGGGGCGAAGGGAAGUGGGCUGGAGUCCGGCUUCAGGUGAGGAAGUGGGGAGGUUCCCUGGGCAGAAGGAGCAAGUGGGAUGGUCCCCAAAGUAAGAAGGACAAAGGCGGCGAGCGCCUGAGUGAGGUGGAGAAGACAGAGGAAUCUAAGGCCGAGGCAGAGAAGUUGGGCAAAGUGCCAGGGAAGGUCGGGAAGGUGGGGGAAGCACCCACCGUGGUGGAGAAAGCAAGGGACCCUCCAACUGUGCCUGGGCCGGCAGGUGCAUCCCAGGGUGUUACAGGAGAAGGGGGGCCACCUCAGAGUGAGCCUGCGGAAGCAGGUAAAGCUGGGGAUAAGACAGAGAAGGGUCGUAAAGCCCCCAGGGAGGUGGAGGCGCAUGGGGAGACCCCAGUAGCAGCUGGGAAGGAGGGCCAGCUAGGCAGCCAAGGGCAGAAAGCAGAGGAGCACAGUGCAAAAGCAGACAAUGGGGCCGAGGCCCUGGAGUCAGAGCUGGAAGGACGCAGACAGCCCGCUCUGGCAAUCAAGGCAGAACGGCCUCAGGCGCAGGAGGACCAGGAGGGGCCUGCCCUGCAGGAGGCGGGCGAAGGAGGCCGGAGCGGAGCCCCGGACCAGGCUCCUGAGGACAGAUGGUACGAGGCAGAAAAAGUCUGGCUGGUUCAGAAGGAUGGAUUUACUCUUGCAACAGUGCUGAAGCCAGAUGAGGGAACAGCUGACUUGCCAGUGGGAAAGGUGCGACUUUGCAUUGAUGCUGAUAAAACCAUUACUGAGGUGGAUGAGGAUCAUGUCCAUCGGGCCAACCCUCCUGAGCUGGAUCAGGCCGAGGAUCUGGCCUCCCUGGUCAGUGUCAAUGAGUCGAGUGUCCUGAACACACUUCUGCACCGCUACCGGGCUCAGCUGCCGCACACCUGCUCGGGGCCGGAUCUGAUCGCCCUCCAGCCUAGGGGAACCCUGGCGCCCUCUGCAGGCAAGGUGCCCAGGGGCGGCCGGGAGGGCCUGUCUGCCCACAUUGGCUCCCUGGCCCAGCGGGCAUACUGGGCACUGCUGAGCCAGCGGAAAGACCAGAGCAUCGUGGCCUUGGGCCGGAGUGGCGCCGGGAAGACCACCUGCUGUGAGCAGGUCCUGGAGCACCUGGUGGAGAUGGCAGGUGGUGUGGAUGGCGGGGUCUCAGUGGAGAAGAUCCGAGCCACCUUCACCAUUCUCCGGGCCUUUGGCUGUGUGUCCACUGGCCACAGCUGCCACGCCACCCGGUUUGCCAUGGUGAUGUCGCUGGACUUCAACGCCACAGGCCGAGUCACGGCUGCUCAGCUCCAGACAAUGCUUCUGGAGAAGAGCCGUGUGGCGCGGCAGCCGGAAGGGGAAGGCAAUUUCGAGGUUUUCUCCCAGAUGCUGGCUGGAUUGGACCUGGAUCUCAGGACAGAGCUGUUCCUGCACCAGAUGGCAGAUAGCAGCUCCUUCGGCAUGGGCAUGUGGCCUAAGCCUGAAGACAAGCAGAAGGCAGUGGCUGCCUUUGCCCAGCUCCAGGGUGCCAUGGAGACGCUGGGCAUUUUGGAGAGUGAGCAGCAAGCCAUUUGGCGGGUGUUGGCAGCCAUCUACCAUCUCGGAGCAGCGGGAACCUGCAAAGUGGGCCGGAAGCAGUUCAUGAGGUUUGAGUGUGCAAACCACGCAGCCGAGGCCCUGGGCUGUGAGUACGAGGAGCUGAACACAGCCACCUUCAAGCACCACCUGCGACAGAUCAUUGAGCAAGUGACGUCUGGGCCCAGCCGACGGGGCCCCGAGGAUGAGGACACUGGCUCAGGGCUCAAGAUGACCGGCGUGGAGUGUGUGGAGGGCAUGGCCUCGGGCCUGUACCAAGAGCUCUUUGCUGCCGUGGUCUCCCUCAUCAACAGGUCCUUCUUCUCCCACCACCUCUCCAUGGCCUCCAUCAUGGUGGUGGAUGGUCCGGGUUUUCAGAAUCCCCGGCACCAAGGCAAGGACAGGGCCGCCACCUUCGAGGAGCUGUGCCACAACUAUGCUCACGAGCGCUUGCAGCUGCUUUUCUACCAGCGGACGUUUGUCUCGGUGCUGGAGCGGUAUCGGGAGGAGGGGAUACCUGUGCGGUUUGACCUCCCAGAGCCAUCCCCGGGGACCACGGUGGCUGUUGUGGAUCAGAAUCCCUCCCAGGUCCGCUUACCAGCUGGAGGAGGUACUGAGAACAUCAGGGGUCUUUUCUGGGUCCUGGAUGAGGAGGUCCGGGUGGAGGGCUCCAGUGACAGCGUGGUGCUCGAGCGCCUCUGUGCAGCCUUUGAGAAGAAAGGAGCUGGGGCUGAAGGGACCUCUGCCUUUCGCCCCUGUGAACAGCCCCUCCAGUGUGAGAUUGCCCACCAGCUGGGCCAGGACCCCGUGCGCUACGACCUCACGGGCUGGCUCCACAGGGCCAAGCCCAACCUCUCGGCCCUGGACGCCCCCCAGCUCCUGCAGCAGUCAAGAAGAGAGGAGCUGAGGCGCCUGUUCCAGCCCCGGGCCCAGCUGCCCCCAGUGUGCCGGGCCGUGGCGGGCCUGGAGGGCACGUCCCAGCAGGCCCUGCAGAGAUGCUGCGCGGUGAGGAGAACGUUUGCCAGCAGCUUUGCUGCGGUGAGGAGGAAAGCCCCGUGCUCCCAGAUCAAGCUGCAGAUGGAUGCCUUGACCAGCAUGCUCCGACAAUCUCAGUUACACUUUAUUCACUGCCUGGUGCCAAGCCCAGUGGUGGAGGGCAGGGGCGGGCAGGGGUCUCUGACUCCACCGCAGCCUGGUGGAGACAAGCCUGAGGCAGGCGGGCCUUUGACCCUGGACAUCCCAGCCCUGAGGGUGCAACUUGCAGGGUCCUACAUCCUGGAGGCGCUGCGUCUGCACAGGACAGGCUACGCUGACCACAUGGGGCUUCCUCAGUUCCGCCGGCGGUUCCAGGUGCUGGACCCUCUGCUCAUGAAGAAGCUCACGUUGGCCUCUGAGGGAGUAGACGAGAGGAAGGCCGUGGAGGAGCUGCUGCAGACCCUGGAUCUGGAGAAGAAGUUGGUGGCCAUGGGGCACAGCCAAGUUUUCCUCAAGGCAGGCGUGGUCUCCAGGCUUGAGAAGCAGCGCCGGAAGCUGGUGGGUCCCAGCAUCAUUUUAUUCCAGGCGGCUUGCAAGGGCUUCCUGUCUCGCCAGGAGUUCAAGAAGCUGAAGAUUCGCCGACUGGCUGCACAGUGCAUCCGCAAGAACAUAGAUGUGUUCCUGGUGGUCAAGGACUGGCCAUGGUGGCAGCUCCUUGGUUCCCUCCGGCCCCUGCUGAGUGCCAACGUUGGGGAUGAACAGCUCCAUGCCAAGGAGGAGGAGCUUACAAUGCUGAGACGGAAGCUAGAAAAAUCGGAGACGUCUCGGAAUGAACUCCGGCAGAACACAGACCUGCUGGAAAGCAAGAUUGCUGGCCUGAUCACGGAGCUCGCCGAUGAGCGCUUCAAAGGGGAUGUGGCCUGCCGGGUGCUGGAGGGCGAGCGCGCUGAGCGGCUGCAGGCCUUCCGGGAGGUCCAGGAGCUGAAGAGCAAGUAUGAGCAAGUCCAGAAGAAUUUGAAAGAAGUGGAGAAGCAGCUGGAAGAAGCCCAGCAGAAAAUUCAGCUGAAUGACUUGGAAAGGAGUCACACUGGGAGGGCAGAUGAGUGGCAAAUGCGCUUCGACUGUGCUCAGAUGGAGAAUGAGUUCCUCCGAAAGCGUUUACAGCAAUUUGAGGAGAGGCUGGAAUCAGAGCUGACGUCCAGGAAAGAGCUGGAGCAGAAGCUCGGGGAACUCCAGGGUGCUUACGAGGGGGCCAAGAAGAUGGCUCAUCAGCUUAAGAGGAAGUGCCACCGUCUGACCUGUGAUCUGGAGGACACCCACCUCCAGCUGGAGAACGAGCAAAGCCGAAACCACGAGCUGGAGAAGAAACAGAAGAAGUUUGACAUGCAGCUGGCCCAGGCCCUGGGUGAGUCUGUGUUUGAGAAGGGCCUCCGUGAGAAAGUGACGCAGGAGAACACCGGCGUGCGGUGGGAACUCGGUCAGCUUCAGCAGCAGUUGAAGCAAAAGGAGCAGGAGACAUUGCAGCUGACUCAGGAGGUGAAGACGCUGCAGGCACAAAAACGGGAGCUGCUGGGGCUGCUGUCUUCGGGGGGAAAUUGUGUUGCUGGUUUGAAGGAGAGGCUCUGGGAGCUGGAAUCCAGUGCCCUCGAGCAACAGAAAAUCUACAGCCAGCAGGAAAACACCAUCAAGCAACUGGAGCAGCUCCGCCAGCGGUUUGAGCUGGAGAUCGAGCGGAUGAAGCAGAUGCAUCAGAAGGACCGGGAAGACCAGGAGGAGGAGCUGGAGGACGUUCGCCAGUCCUGCCAGAAGCGGCUCCGCCAGCUGGAAAUGCAGCUGGAACAAGCAUGUGAGGAGAAGCAGAUGGUCCUCCAUGAGAAGCAGGAUUUGGAAGGCUUGAUCGGAACCCUCUGUGACCAGAUUGGCCACCGGGAUUUUGACGUGGAGAAGCGUCUUCGGAGGGACCUCAGAAGGACCCAUGCGCUACUGUCAGAUGUGCAGCUCCUUCUGGGCACCAUGGAAGACAGCAAGACGACAGUCAGCAAGGAGGAGCUGGAGAAAGUGCACAGCCAGCUGGAGCAGAGUGAAGCCAAGUGUGAGGAUGCUUUGAAGACCCAGAAGGCGCUGACAGUGGACCUGGAGAAUAUGCACAGCGAGCUGGAAAACAUGACCCGUUGCAAGAGCCUGGUGGAUGAGCAGCUGUGCCGGCUGCAGUUUGAGAGAGCCGACCUGCUGAAGCGCAUCGACGAGGACCAGGAUGACCUGAACGACCUCAUGCAGAAGCACAAAGACCUCAUCGCCCAGUCCGCUGCUGACAUUGGGCAGAUCCAGGAACUGCAGCUGCAGCUGGAGGAAGCCCAGAAGGAGAAGCACAGCCUUCAAGAACAACUGCAGGUGGCUCAGAUGCGCAUUGGGUACCUGGAGCAGUCCACCGUGGACCGAGCCAUUGUGAGCAGGCAGGAGGCCAUCAUCUGUGACCUGGAGAACAAGACGGAGUUCCAGAAAGUGCAGAUUAAGAGAUUUGAGGUCCUGGUGAUCCGGCUUCGGGACACGCUGAUCAGGAUGGGUGAGGAGAUGGCGCAGGCGACCGUGUCCGAGGCUCAGCAGCGGGAGAGCAGCCGGUACUCCCAGCGGCGCCUGGAGGAGCUGAAGGCGGACAUGGAGGAGCUGAUGCAGCGGGAGGCGGAGGCCGGUCGGCGGUGUAUGGAGUUGGAGAAGUGUGUGGAAGAGCUCUCAGCAGUGACACAGACCCUCCAGGCAGACCUGGAGACGUCCAUCCGACGGAUUGCCGACCUGCAGGCAGCCUUGGAAGAGGUGGCGUCCGGCGACAGUGACACAGAAAGUGUCCAGACGGCGGUGGAUUGUGGUGGCAGGGGCAGAAAAGAGAUAGAUAACGUCUCCAUCCUCAGCGCCCAGCCAGAGGGCAGUGUGCAGUCCUGGUUGAGUUGUACUCUGUCCCUAGCCACAGAUGCCACGAGGACCCCCUCUCGACAGUCGGCCAUCAGCAGCCACACCCUCAGCCCCAGGAUGAAGGAGGAGGCCGGGGAUGCUGAGAAGACAGCGUCAGCCCAGCGCGGAGCCCAGGAUGUCCACAGCAAGACCGCGGGAGACAGGUCCGUCUUGCCCUUUGCCCUCCACCGGCAAAAGUACUGCCAUUUCGGGGAUGGCGAAGAGUGUGGCAUCCAGAGAAAGCCCACGGAGAGAUUAGGAGCACUGUCUUCUUGCCCUGCUUCCCAGAGGACAGACAUGUCCCCACAGUCUAGCAACAAGCUGCCCAGUCCUUCGGCAGCCCUGUCGGAGUUCGUGGAAGGACUGCGGAGGAAGAGAGCCCAGAGAGGCCAGGGGUCGGUGCUGGGCCUGGAGGACUGGCCCACUCUGCCCAUUUACCAGACCACCGGGGCAUCCACGCUGAGGAGGGCCAGGGCGGGCAGUGACGAGGGAACCCUCUCACAGAGGUUUGGGGCAAAGUCGCCCCUGGAAACGGAGGGUGCCACCGGGACAUCGGCUGGACUCCUGCGAUCCACCAGCCUGAGAUGCAUCUCUUCCAAGAGCCCAGAGGGCCCCACCCUGCUUCCCGAGAAGCUGAAGACCCGGUUCAGUUCCUGCGAGUCCCUCUUGGAAUCAGGGCCGAGCUCCAGGACAACACCGAGCUCCCCGCCCGCCCGCAGGGACACACUCUUGUCGCCCACACUGCGUCCUCGGAGGCGCUAUCUGGAGUCCUCGCUGGAUGACGCGGGCUGUCCAGACCUCGGGAAGGAGCCCCUCGUCUUCCAGAACCGCCAGUUCGCCCACCUCAUGGAGGAACCUCUGGGCAGUGACCCCUUCAGCUGGAAGCUCCCUAGCCUCAGCUACAAACGCCAGACCAAAGUGGAUUUUGAUGACUUCCUCCCAGCCCUCCGGAAACAUGAGACCCCCACAUCCUUGGCCAGAGCAGCCAGCUUGCAGCGCUCCGGUGGUGUCCCCUUGGAGACGGAAGAGGCCGACAGGACCUUCCUCUCAGGGAUCAGGACCAUUUUGAAAAGCAGCCCAGAGGCCAAGGAGGACCCUGCUCACCUCUCCGAUUCCUCCUCCUCCUCCAGCUCCAUCGUGUCCUUCAAAAGCACCGACAGCAUCAAGAGUCGACCAAGAAUCCCGCGGCUAGAGGGUGACGGUGGUGAGCCAACGGCCCCCGGGAACGGAGAGCCAGGGUCAGGGAGGAAAGAAGAGGAUGUUGAGAGCAUAAUGAAGAAAUACCUCCAGAAGUAGAAGCCAGCUCAGCAAUUCUCACCAUGAUGAGGGAGCACCCGCCUAAAAAUGCCCUCUGCCCUUGACCUCUACGGAGCAGGAGUCCGGAGCUCAGCAAUGCAGCCCCAUUCCCCGUGAUGCAAAUGUGUGGGAUUUGGAACCAAAUAAGCCCCAAAGCUCAGUUUCCCCUGGAACUGGCCAUGUGACCUCGGGCAAGCAGGGCAACCUUGCCAGGCAUCUGUGUCCUCAGCUGGAGAAUGGGGACAAUUAAUACCAACUACCCAGCAUAGCACUGAGUCUGAUGCAAAUGGGAGAUAUCCCCAGCACCCAGCAGACAGUGAGGCAUCAGGUUCCUCGGCACUGGGGGACUCUGGCCCUUCGGGGGCUCUGUCCCAGGUCUCCUGCCCCUUGUUGCCCUUCGCUCCCUGCACUCCCUCAUUCCUGGAGGGGGCUGCUCUGCAGGAAUGCCACCUGGGCAUAUAGGACUCCAGAGCGCCACCCACUCUCACUCUCUCCACCAAAACACACUUUCUGUAUCCCAUUUAUCAGCUCUGACUACAUUUGUUUGCAGCCUCCUGAGAUGCACAGCCCUUGAAGACUUCCUGACUCCACAAAUGUCUGGAGAGAGAGAGAGAGACACUGGCCGGGCUCCCCGGGGGCCCUUGGUCCGGAGCCAGCCAGCACAGCCGCCCUCACAGGCAAGAGCGGCCCGGCAGAGGUGUAUCCCUGAGGGUGUGGGGCUCCCAGCACGCUCGGUCUGUACAAAUAAAGUGUCGGCUCCCUGG